GUUGUUAUCAAGCCUCCUUGGCUAAAUGAUGACAGGCAAAGAGAGGAUGGAUUAGGAUCUCACUACAAUUUCUCUCUUUCUCUCUGAUCAACGUUUUCAAGAUUUUUCACAGUGAGACAACAUACCCCAGACCAGGAGGCCCCCAGACACACCCCAUCCUCUGUAUAUUUAAAAGGAUUUAUUUUUUUAGACAUACGUGUAGCAAAAGUAUCAAUUGCAUAGCCAUGGCUGAAUUCCCUUCCAAAGUCAGCACUCAGACGAGCACUCCGGAGGCUUCAUCGGCGACAAGAGGGUCUUUGGGAUUUUUGAGCUUGGAUGUGGGCUUCUUCAGUUCAAUUCCUGGAAUCCUGAUGACUGUGGAAAUUGCUCUAGGACUCCUGGUUUGGGCAUUAGUUGCAGACAGUAACAAUCCUGCAACCAGUGCAUAUGGCUGGGUCUUGUUUGUCUCCGUUACCUGCUGGCUGGUCACUCUCUUCAUGUUUGUGGUGUUUAUACUGAAUCUGCAGACAAAGAUGGCUUUUAUUCCUUGGUCACUGGUGUUGCUUAUUUACCAUGCAGCAGCCACCCUCCUCUACAUCACUGCAUUCAUUACAUGUGCAGCAUCAGUACAAACCACGACUUUUAUGUACAGCGGCGCUUAUAACAAGAAGGCAGCGGCUUCGUUCUUUGCUUGCAUAGUGAUGAUUGCAUAUGGAGCAAGCGCCUUCUUCAGUUUUUUAAUAUGGAGGGGAACUGGCAGCAACGCAGCCACUGCUCAAGCCUGAUUGAUGUCUUCGGAGAUUUGUUCAGAUUUGUUGCAUUCUUCCAGUUUUGUUUUAUAUUAUUUUUAUGUUACAUUUUAUUUAAUCAAACUUUGUGAGAAGAAGCGUGCAACAGAGAUCCGGGUUCGGUCAAUGAAAACUGUCAAUCAUUGGAAGCAUCUAGGCCUGCUGUGGAAAAACCAAUGAAAGGUGUGUGAGCUGUGUGAAUUUCAAAGCUAUCCCUGUUCAUCAGCUUCCCUCCUGACACACCAUAGCAACGACAUGGUGCCACCUUAACAGCAAGGAUACAUGAACUUUUUAUACACUGUUCUGAAUUCAGACUAAAGACGUGCAUUCUUAGGUUGCCAACAAUCUGCUUGCUUCUAAAUAAAGCUUAUAUUGACAACCUGAUUUAAAUAUUAACACGUUAUAACCGUAGACCACUACCUUUUCAGUAGAGAGAUUUCUGUAAGGGUGACUUUUUCUGUUACUCAAGUAUUUUUUUAAAAUUUUAGGUCUAAACAAUAAAAACUCUAUUUCCAUUAAG